AUGAAUGUGGAAAUUCCACCACUGGCUCAGGGCUGUAAGCAAGAGCUGAGCACUGCCCUUAAUCGCACAGCAGUGCUAAACUUUGUCGUUAGAGAACGACCUACUGGAGAGGAGAUACCACGGGAGCUACUUCUGAGAUCACUUCAGCACUUCUGGGGGCCUGUUGUGAACUGGGGUCUCCCUCUGGCAGCCAUCAAUGACAUGAAAAAGAGCCCAGAGAUCAUCAGUGGACGCAUGACCUUUGCCCUGUGCUUGUACUCGCUGCUGUUCAUGCGCUUCGCGUACAAGGUGCAGCCGCGGAACUGGCUGCUCUUCGCCUGCCACUUAACCAACGAGUCGUGCCAGCUCAUUCAGGGUGGCCGCCUCAUCCAACACAACAUGCAGAAGGAGAAGGCCCUGAAGCAGCAAUAA